AUGAUCCCCGCUGACGAGGAAUCCAACUUCUCCACCUUCCGCGACUGUCUCUCCGAGCCCGUCAUCCGCAAGCUCGCCAUCAAACCACCCGAGGCGUCGAAGCGCCGCGCAGCCAGGGGCCGCAAAAGCACGAUUAAACCCGUCUAUCCAAAAGAGGAGCAAGACGAUGCGCGUCAGAGCAACGACGCCGAGGAGCUUGGGGAAUUUAUAGAUUAUCUCGCCUUCGAAAUCUUCCCCGCCCUCCCCGCCGAUCUCCGCACGCUCUCUUACUCCGCCACGCAGGCCGACCCCUCCCUCUCCUCCAAAUACGCCGACCCGCUGCCUUCCUCCCUGCUCGACACCAUCGCCGCCCCGCUCCCCGCCUCCGUCGCCGACUCGCUCGCCGCCUACAGCCUGCUGCCCGACGAGACAUCGCUCCCGUCCUUCCUGGGCCCCGUCAUCGCCGGCUACGCGGCCGCCGCGGCCGCCGCGCCGCCGGUGUGGGCGCAGACGCGGGCGACGGCGUGCGAGCUGUGCGAGCGCGACUGGGUGCCGCUGACGUACCACCACCUGAUACCGCGCUCCGUGCACGCGAAGGCGGUGCGGCGCGGGUGGGCGGAGGCGUGGGAGCUGGGCAAGGUGGCGUGGCUGUGCCGGGCGUGCCACUCGUUUGUGCACUCGGUCGCGGGCAACGAGGAGCUGGCGCGCGAGUGGGCGAGCGUCGAGGCGCUGGCCGGGCGCGAGGACGUGCAGCGGUGGGCCCGGUGGGUGAGCAGGGUGAGGUGGAAGAGCAGGUAG